GACACGUCGACCAUCCAUCGUCCUCUAAGUACCAACCAACAAUGCCCUCCACGGCCCUCAGUCGCUCACUCAGCUUUCCAAAGUCGCUGCCUAUAUUAUUCCACUUCCGAAUCAACCCAAAAGAAAGCACAAGACACGCUGCGUACAAACAGCCACUACUAUACAACCUCUCCGUAACCAAAGAAGUUCUCAAGCAGAGCUACGUCGCUGAACGACUGCAGCCACCGACCCUCUCAGCCGUCCGAUAGGCUUACGAGUCGAUUUGGCACCAAGUCUCUCGCACCGGCGCUUUUGGCAAGUUGGUCUGGGAUGGCGAGGCUGCGCGGGUGGGUAUCUAUGGAUUGCAGGCGUAUGGGAUAUUUAAGAUUGGAGAGAUUGUGGGACGACCGUGAGUUUUGUUGGCUAUGACCUCUAUUAGAUGUGGUGACAAUGGCGUAGAUGAAUAGAC